UGUGACAUGUGUGUGUAGAGAGGGGGUGAGUAGCGGGAAUGCUCACUUUUCUACUGACCGUUCUAGAUCUCUUCUCAGUUGUUUUUAAUCAUGCAGUUGUUUGUUACGUCGUUACAAUAGAUAUUGAAAAGGAUUGCAACGGACGAGAACGCGUGGAUUUAUUUCCUUCAGUUUAGCCUCUCAGCGGCUGCAGGCUGUCGCUACAAUCGGCAGGGAUGUUCAUAAUCACUCUACCUGGAUAACCAUGUGGAGGCUCUCAGGUUACUUUCACUUGAGCUAGUGUGACAAUUGUGUCGCCUACAGACCAGAACAUGUUGCAUUCAUUUUUCAUAUUCAUUUUCUCAGGGGAAAAAAGGGGGAAAAUGAAUCUUCUCUUUAUUUUGCUCUUGGUGAUCUUGUUUUUACUCGACCAUGGUAAGACUUUGUGUGAUGUUGCACAGAUUUUUGCAUGAGUAUAGGCACAGUUAGUGAUGGGAAUAUUAUUAGGCUAUUAGUAGUGUGGAGAUUAUAGGUUGACAACCGCACGGUCACGUACUUCGAUGGGUCGAAUCAGCCCAGGUCAGUUUCAGUGGCGUGAUCAACUUGGGUAAAGUUGGUUUUAUAUUCGCACAUUCGGACUUCUGCAUUCAAGUACUUUGUUAACCACACUACAUGGACAUUCAGCGGACAUUCGCAAGGGUGUCUGGUGUUUUUACAGACAGUGUGUCAGUGUCAAUAAAGGAGGGAGAUUCAGUCACACUAAACACUGAUGUACAAACAAACCAACAAGAAGAGAUUAGAUGGCAUUUUAAUGACAAUCUCAUCGCUAAAAUAAAUGGAUAUAUCAGUUAUAUCUGUACAGAUGUCCAGUGUAAUGAAGAUAGUGAGAGAUUCAGAGACAGACUGAAGCUGGACAAUCAGACUGGAUCUCUGACCAUCACAAAUGUCACAACCUCAGACUCUGGUGAAUAUAAAGUAAUGAUCUUCAGCAACGGUGAAAAGAUCUUCAGUGUUUCUGUCACUGGUUUUCCUGCUUCUGAACUAGUGAAGAAACGUGAGGGAGAAUCGGUCACUUUACAUCCUGAUGAAAUUAAAAAUCCAAAUUAUGUGAUGAGAUGGUAUUUUAAUGACACUGUCAUCACUGAAAUCACUAGAGAUCAGAGUAAGAUCUGUACAGAUAUUCAGUAUAAUGAAGGUACUGAGAGAUUCAGAGACAGACUGCAGCUGGAUCAUCAGACUGGAUCUCUGACCAUCACAGACACCAGAACCACAGAUUCUGGAGAUUAUAAACUACAGAUCAUCAGCAGAAACAGCAGCUUCAGUAUCACCAGAAUGAACAUAUUCAGUGUUUCUGUCACUGAUUCAGGUCUGUCUUCAGCUGCUGUAGCAGGAAUAGUUAUUGUUGUUCUGCUGGCUGCUGCUGCUGUAGCUGCUGGUGUGGUUUACUGUCGCAGCAGGAGCCAUACAGCAGUACCACCGAAUGACAAUGAUCCAAAUAUCAUUCCUUUGAGGGAAAUGGAGGGCUCUUAAAUCAGACUCAGCUCGAGGCUGCCCAUAAAACAAUAUCCAGCCUGUUUCCAGUCCAGAUGGUGGAUCAACACCUAGAAGACCACAACAGCUCUGAAUGUCAGUGGAGACCAUAUCAACUGUAGAGGUGCCCCACAGACAGAUCCCCUGCAAAGACCUCUUCACCUCAGCCAUCAGCACAACUGAACUGAGCCGGAGGAUGACAUCACUGAAUCAACGAUGAACUGACUUUAACUGAGAAACUGACUGUUUAGUAUUGUCCUCAUUUUAAAGCUGCUUUACAGCAGAAUUGAACUUUGUUUCAUUAUUGACACUAUUUCAGUAUUUAACACUGUGAAGCUAUUUGGACACAACCUGUAUUGUAUAAAGCGCUAUAUAAAUAAAGGUGACCUCACUUGACUUGACAGACCUCUAUUAUAAAACUGUACAUUUCUGCAAUAUGGACAUUACAUUGACAGUCAUUUCUGACAUAGAAAAAAAAAGCAUUUUAUAUAAAGCUGCUUUGAAGCUAUGUAUUGUUAAAAGUGUUUGUGUGUGUGUGUGUGUGAUUUUGCUUCAACACCUAACUAUGAAUAUACGUUUGUUGAACAUUCCCUAUUCAGGAUUAUUCACUGCAAUUUAUCUGUCACUAAUUCAAAAUUAUAUGCAUAAUGCAAAACUAUAGCUUGUUUAUCACUCAUUCUUUAGCAAUAUAAAAAAAAGAAAGAAAAUGAAGUGCUUGACAUUCCUUUGACCACAGAAAUAUUGAUGCUCAAAUUAA